UCAAACUACUAAGGAAAUAAAUUAUGAACCCACUUCAUGCGCGGUAACGUCAUUGCCAGCUUUGCUUCGGACAGAACUUCCGCCCCACAUCCCAUUGGCCUGUCUCUCUCAUCCUUUUUCUUGUUUCUUAACACCAAAAUCCGACCGCAAGAAACCAAAACCAAAGCCAAAGAUAUGUCGGACGAGGAAGAAGGAGGAGAAGAGUACCUUUUCAAGAUAGUGAUAAUUGGAGACUCUGCAGUUGGCAAAUCCAACAUCCUUUCACGCUACGCUCGAAAUGAAUUCAACCCUCAUUCCAAAGCUACCAUAGGAGUUGAGUUUCAGACCCAAAGCAUGGAAAUCGAUGGCAAAGAAGUUAAGGCUCAGAUUUGGGACACCGCUGGUCAAGAAAGGUUUCGUGCUGUCACUUCUGCUUAUUACAGAGGCGCUGUCGGUGCUCUUGUUGUUUAUGAUAUUAGCAGGAGAACUACCUUCGAUAGUGUCGGUCGCUGGCUUGAUGAACUCAAGACUCAUUCUGAUUCGACAGUAGCAAGGAUGUUGGUUGGCAACAAAUGUGACUUGGAAACUAUUCGCGAUGUGAGUGUUGAAGAAGGCAAAAGCCUUGCUGAAGCAGAGGGGUUGUUCUUCAUGGAGACAUCUGCUUUAGAUUCAACAAAUGUCAAGAAGGCUUUCGAGAUUGUUAUACAAGAAAUAUAUAACAAUGUCAGCAGGAAGGUCCUGAACUCAGAUACUUACAAAGUUGAGUUAACCGUUAAUCGGGUAGCCCUCACUAAAAAUGAAACUGAUGGAUCGAAGCAAUCCCAAAAUUUUUCUUGCUGUUCCAGGUGAUCUCGUUCAUUCAGAAAGGGUACAAGUGGAGGCCUUCACAUGGUUUGUUACUUCAAUUUGGUUGGUUGAUUUGUUUGUUUGCCCGUUUCUCAAUGGAUAUGCCUUCAGGGAUUCUUUUAUUCGUGAAUAAUAUCAUAGUAUAUAGUUAAAUUAUUGUCUUGUGGUUAAAGAAAAUAAUACCUAAAAUUUUUUGUUUCUUGAUACAAAGCUGUCCCUGCUGAAAGUGAAGCAGGCAGCCAUAUUAUUUCACAUUAUAUUACUAUUUGUUUUGAAUUCAAUAUCUCGCUAUCAGAUUCAUUAUUUCUAAUAGCCAUCAAUAGUUUCUGACAUCAGUGAACCAAGGCUUUGGUGGAUAAGUCUUGAUACUAUGAUUACUAUUUCUUUGAUAACUAGUUUCUGGAGGUUCUUGAGUUGUUAUAACUAAACUGUAGAUUUGUUUGUGCGUGAUUGACGAGACAUGCCUGCUCUAAAUAGAGAAAAAGACCUGCAAGUGCCGAGAUUUGAACUCAAAACCUGUUGGAUAUCACUUAUUAAGGGUGAUUGCAUAAAUCAGCCGGGUUUGUUAAUAUUCCUUUUUGCCUUCAAAACUUUUGGCUAAAGUUUAGAUUCCAUAAUUCACAUUUUUGAUCAGACAAAAACUUUUAACAUUGAAUUGGCAGUGUUACUUCCAUCCAUAGUCAUUGAAACAACCUUGCUUGGAGGCUGGAGGUUGAGUGAAGGCAGUUCAGACUUUAGAUGAUACUAUUAGUAGUUAAUGCCUGUUAAAUUGGUGAUAAAAUUUUUCUUUUUCUGUGCCCAUAAUAAAUCAAUAAAAUUUAGAAAUUUCAAUGGAAGAGAAUUUUUGUUUGUCUCAUUUUGAGAA